GUCAUUUUCAGACAUCAUGAGCCAGCAAGGUCAAGCCGACCAGAUACAGGAACUGACGACCAGUGACACACCGCGGACGGCUGACCGUGAUAGAAUAGAUAGGACGGUAGAAGUUCAAGAGAUGCUGAGAACUAGCUCUCCACCGUCCGGCACAAUAGAACGCAUGUAUCGUGAGCCACAGUCACAUACAAUGAACAAAACGGGCAAAAUCCAAAUUGUUGUUAAAUUCCUUACGGAUAGGACAAUUACCCUUGAGGUUGUACCAUCUGAAACUAUUGGAAAUUUAAAAUCAAAAAUCCAACAAAUUGAUGGGUUAAAAUCGUAUCGACAACAUCUUAUCUUUAAUGGAGAACAAUUAAAAGACCACUGCAAACUAUCUGAUUAUAAAGUACAGGAUAUGACAAUAAUAUAUUUAGUACUCCGUUAAUAAGAUUGAUGAAAGUAUGCUGUUAUAAACUAUGGGCUUGGCGUAUUCAUGACUGAGAUGUCCAACAGAUUCUAUUGUGAAAUGUGUAGU